GGUCGAAACGGUGAUAAAUGGCAGAAGAGCGUCACCUGCAUGAGCUGUGUAGAAAUCUUUAUGGUCUGUCUGCUGAUGUGCGCAUAUGAAAUCGGGAUAAACUGAGCAUGCGCUGUACGCAGUUGCAGGCUCGGCAUCAGUUCUGACAAAGGGUCUUCUGGGAGACGCGCCGCGCGUGACCGCAUCUUUUUCGCUCGUGUUGCUGCAGACUGACACCAUCGGUCUGUCAGUGGUUGCGGAAUGCGCGGGGCGGGCGGUAGCAGUAGCCAGCGAUCACUGUUAUCGUGAGGCGGAGCAGCGCGAGCAGUAGAGCAAAGACAUGGACUGCAAUUGGGGCACCGAGCUGUGGGAUCAGUUUGAUAACCUAGAGAAGUACACAAGCUGGGGAAUUGACUUCUUGGAAAGGUAUACCAAGUUUGUUAAAGAGAGAGCAGAUCUUGAGUUGAACUACGCCAAACAGAUCAGGAGUCUGUCUAAGAAGUACCACCCUAAGAGAAGCAGGGAGGAUGAAAGCAGAUACACCUGGUGUUUGGGGUUUGCGGUGACGCUCCAGCAGCUGAAUGAUGUUGCAGUUCAGAGAGAAGAAUUUGUCGAACACCUGAACACACAGAUUGUCUUUGAGCUCACACGAUAUAUCCAGGAUUUAAAAGCUGAGAGGAAGUCGCAUUUUCAAGAUGGCCGCCGUGCCCAGCAGCACAUUGAAAGCUCAUGGAAACAACUGGAGUCUAGUAAACGUCGAUUUGAACGAGACUGUAAAGAAGCUGAACGAGCUCAGCACGCUUCUGACAGGAUCGACAUUGACAAGACAGAAGGAGAAAAGCGCUGUUCAAUGAAGGUUCGUCAGACUGCUCAACAGAAACGACAAUCUGCCGAAGCAUCCAGAAAAGACUAUGUGGCCAGUUUAAAUCAGUUUAACCAAGACCAGCGCCAGCACUAUCACACACUGGUCCCAGUUAUAUAUCAGAGAAUCCAGGACAUGGAGGAGAGGCGGAUUGAAAGAAUUUCUGAUGCCAUGCGUUCAUCAACUGAGGCUGAGAAAAAAGUUCUUCCUGUUGUCAGUCAUUCUCUGGAUGCCAUGAUGCAUGCUGCUGAAAGCAUCCAGCCCCGGAUGGACACUCGGCAGGUGGUGGAAGUAUAUAAGUCUGGCUUCGACCCUCCAGGUGACGUAGAAUUUGAAGACUACAGUGCAACUAUGAGGCGUAGUAUCUCUGAAUCCAGUUACCUUGACAAUCGGACGGAAGGCCGCAGGCAAAGCAAGAAGCUGUGGCCGUUCAUCCGCAAAAACAAGCUGCUGACUCUCCUGUCCUCACCUCGUCAGCCACCCCCUCCACCCCCCACAUCACCUUCUCCUGGAGGUUUGGCCAACAGUCCCCAGUCCCCACCCCUUGCCUCCAAAGAACCGAUCACACAACGCUUGAACGACCUCAUGAACUCUAGCUCAAGAACCAGGAAGCAGUGUCUUCGCAGCCUGAAGAGAGGGCUUUCACUCAAGCUGGGAUCUGGUCCUGCAGACUGCAGUCACCUCCCCCCUGAACAGAGAUGCAAAAAACUUCAAACCAGAAUCAACAGCAUCAACGAAGAGAUUCAGAGAGAACGGGAACAGCGAGAUGCUCUGUUGAAGCUGAGAGAGGUUUAUAAGCAAAGCCCUCAGAUGGGUGAUGCCAACAGUUUGGACCCUCGACUUGAAGAAGUUAAGCAGAACCUGCAGCGUCUGGAGGAUGAACUGAGGAGGAACCAGGCCUGGUUAUCAGAGGUAAACAGCAGACUGGCUGAUCACAGCAGGAGACAGAGUGGAAGUUGUGGGAUUAAUUCCCAGGUGACAACACCAGGCUGCAGCAACCUGAAACAGAUGGACAACCGCAGCCCAGCCAGCAGAGAGAGUCCUGAUGGCAGUUAUACUGAAGACCACAGUGCUGAGCUUCACUUUAAGUCACGUAGUUCAGAGUUUGAUGACGACUUGGAAGAUGAAGACCCAUUACCGAGCAUUGGCACCUGCAAAUCACUGUAUCCGUUUCAAGGUCAGAAUGAAGGAACUCUUUCAAUGGUUGAGGGGGAACUACUUUCCGUAGUGGAGGAAGACAAAGGAGAUGGGUGGACCAGAGUACGGAGAAACUUGGAAGAGGAGGGAUAUGUCCCCACAUCCUACAUCAAAGUCUUCCUGGACAGCAGUGCCAAAGGCUUUGUGCAGAGUAGCCGUCUAGUCUAGUGCAGUAUUCAACCAAUGAGGACGUCUUGCCACAGGAAGUGAUGUAAAGAGCUCAGAAGACAAAGGGUAAUGCCUUCUCAUUGGACCAAUUAGACACACUUAAAUAUCAGAGAUCAGAUGUGAAAGAUGUUGAUCAGCAUAGUUUUAUAUUUUCAACACACAAACCCAGCAUUCACUCAUUCAUUAUGUUAGACAUAAGAAAAAUCAGUUAUUUCAGGUGAAAAGCUGAUGAUCAGACAUUGGCUUAGUAUUCAGGGUUAAAAUUGUUUUGCCUCAUAUUAACCCUGGGAUGAUCAGGAUGUCGGAUUUUAUUUGGAUUUAUUAAAACAGGUGCUAGUGAGAAUCUGCUUUUCAACUGAUUAAUUUGUUUCUCAAAGUAAAUGCCAAUUUUAAAUUAAACAUGAAAAAACAGAUGUUUAUAUUUAAAUUAGAUCCCCUGGCUUAUCAGCAGUGGUCUGACACACACAUACAUGAACUUAUUGCAGACUCACUGACAACAUUAGUUAUUUACGUAGUCACAAACUCAAGGUUAACGACUGUUGUGGACUAAAGUCUCAGUGUCUGUUCUUACAGCUAGUAAAGUUCACUUUAGAAUUGUAAAACUGGUGACAGAUAAAAAACUUUUAAUUAAAGCCUAAAAAUGCAAAAAAGCAAAAAUAAUUCUUAAUGUCUGUUUUUACAAAUUAGAACAAAAAAAAGUUUUGUUUCAGUUUUUUGAUUUUUGCUUUAAAAACAGAUGAGAUCAUCAGUAAGCAAACACUAAAAACUGAGUAAAGUAAAGAUUUUGACGUACUAGUUUAAAACCAGUUUAUGUAAUGGAUUGGAUUCACUGACAGAUCAACAGAUCAGUUUUACCUGCUCGAUCACUGAUAUAAAAUUGACUCUAAAAUAGAAUUACUGUUAAUCUCAUCUCAGCUUGAUGUCACAUGGUAAGAAACAUACUUAAUGUGAAGCCUCUGAGCUGAGUGAGUGUGUUUGUAAAUGCAUACUGUAAUGUGAUCAUGUGUUUUUGUAAAAGGCCACAAUUCAGGUUCUUAUUAUUUUUUGUGGAAUUGUUGUAGAAGUCGUACUAAAACACACAAUGAUUUUACUUGUUAAAGACAAAUAAUCAAUCAACCUAUCAGGUGCUGAUUGUGACUAACGUCUGGCUGAAUACUCCCCUACUCCAUGGUUCCAAACUGUGCAUAGUGCAUGUAGUGGAUACGUAUCUGUGCACACUCUGCUGAAGCUGAGUCCAUGUGUACUAUACGUAGAACCUGCUGCUGCUGCCUUAGCCAAUUUCUUUGCAAACAAACCUUGAUGUUACUGAUUGUAAAAAUGUGAAACCUUUUGACUUUUUGACCCUGCUGAUCAAACUCUUUUAAACUUCAUGUGUGUUAAAGUUUCAAAAUAAAGUCUUAAUCAAGCA